AGAAUGAUUAGGCCGUGUCUUCAGAUUUAUGCAUUCCGCAUACUCUCACUGGUCUGCGUCUGCAUCUAGCAGCUAUCAUCCGCGAGGAUCAGUUGGCCCCCUGGCUCGCUGGCUGGCACCCCCCUUCUACCAUCCGGGAUUGAAACUUUACCGAUUCAGGAGGAGGGGUGCCUGGGCCCAUUGAAAAAUCUACUCCUCCACUAUUCACCUAGAAUCGCCAGGGCUUUUCAGGAUUGCGAGCUUUAUAAAGCCUUCCGGCCCUCCAUUUCUUCCAAUCUCAUACCUAGGGAUACCCUUCAGCUCGUGCCAUACGAAGCUUCAUCAAUUGCUUUUCGUUAACUCACCUUCAACCACUACCUAACUCUUACGACUAUUUCCUUCCACCUCUCGCUUCAACAUCCAUAGCUCUUUUAUACCCCUCGCCUCCCCCCCUUCUCUAUCCCCCUAAUCCGCAACCAUGGCCCCAGCGGCAGUGAAUACCCAGCCCUUCAAUGCCCCCGAACUCGAGAAGGCCAAACUUCACACUGGCGAAAUCAAGGUUCAGGAUCUCAGAGUACCGGUGAAGAGCCUCGAUAGCACUGCCAACUCUGAUGACGUUCUUGGGCCGAAGCGAGACAUCAUUAUCUUCUCAGGUGGGUUCUAGACAUAAAGUGCCAGUUUACUGUUGCAUCGUGGGAUCCUAUAUUAAGAAAAAGCCAGAUUUCGACGGAACCAUUUUCAUGCAAGAUACCGGUCAUAUCUUGUUCGACGCCCACGGAUGCGGUCCCAAACGGAGACAUGAGCUUGACGAGGAGAUUAAGAACGGUGUAAGAUCCUUCCGCGAUGUUUCGGAAGAGAUGUGGGGAAGCUUGAAUGUCCCCUUCGAUGAUGGAUUUGAGAUCAUGAAAACCUCGCUCGAGAUCGACCCUGCCUUCCAUGACUUUCACGACUUUUGUAUCAAGAAUAACAUCCCUUUCAACGUUAUCUCCGCCGGUCUGAAGCCAAUUCUCCGCCGCGUUUUGGACGAAUUCUUGGGAAAGAAGCAGGUCAGAACGCCCAAUCGUUGGUUGGUUGGAAAAAGCAAUACUAGAUGUCUCAGGCUAACCCAGCACUGGAUUUCCAGUCGAAAUUCAUUGACAUUAUUGCCAACGAUGCCACAAUCACCCCUGAUGGCAAACAAUGGAAGCCGGUGUGGCGCCACGACACCCCUCUAGGUCAUGACAAAGCUGCUUCGAUUCAAGAAUACCGCACAAUCGCCUCCUCCGAGAGCGAGGACGGUACAUGCCCAUUGAUUCUCUUCGUGGGAGACGGCGUUUCAGACCUCGCAGCUGCCCGUGAGGCUGAUGUCCUCUUCGCCAGGGCUGGAUUAAGGCUUGAAGAGUACUGCAAGGAAAAUAAAAUCCCCUAUAUCCCAUUCGAUACCUUCGCCGACAUCAAGAAGGAAAUCAUCAAGAUAACAAAGGAGGAUCAGAACAAGACUAAGGGAUAUGGAAAGCCAGUUGUUUACAACGUAUGUUUAAUUAUCGGAUAUCCGAAGAUCACUUGAUGCUAAUUUAUCUCCUACUAUAGCCCCGCGCAAACUUCUGGAGAAAGGCCGUCAAGCAGAAAACAGUAUGUAUCCUACUGCUAUACCAUGCCUCUUUACCUUAAACCAUCCCGAAAAGGUCUCCCCCGUCCCAAGUUCUAACGCACGAAUCUAGGUUCCUCGGUUUGUACGAAAUGCCACAAAAGAGGACAAGAUGCACCUGUGGCCCGAUACCUUCACUGUCAAAGGAGAAACCCAGAAAGAGAACGAGCCCUCUGCGUCACCGAACCCUGAGCCCACUCCAGAGACGAAAUCCCAGUAAGUUGUAAUGUGAGAACUAGUGCAAAAUUGUCGGGCAACGGAAUCUGCACGUUUGGCACUUGUUGAUUUAUGACUUGCGAUGAUUUUUUUUCCGAGCUGCGAGAUCUCUAUAUUUUCUUAUUGCUUUCGUUUGGGUAUAAUUUAUACGGACUAGAGGAAUUUUCAAUGUUGCAAAAAACGGGAAGCCUAAAUGGCAUACCGGUAAUGCCCAAAUAUACAUUCCGAGAAGGCUUCUAUAGAAUCGGAUACUUUUUUUUUCUUUUUUCCCCUCUCUCCCUUUCCCGGCUUGGGGCCUGGCGCAAAGGCCACAAUGUUUAAUGCUCAUUUCCUUCCAUACUGCAAACACGAACAGAAACUUGAGCUA